GUCACACGUGUUGGCGACGAUGUUAAUAUAACCAUGAACCCAGCUAAUGUCAGCAAAACAUAUUUCGUAUGGAGGAAUGGUUCGAUAAAACUGUUAGUGGUCGUGCCUAAGUCACACCGUGUAGAGGUACUCAACAGCAGUCACACCGGCUACAUGACCAGGAUCAGAUACACAGGGGAGGACUCAUUAUCACAGACCGGACAGCUGAGGUUUACCAUCUACAAUGUUACUGUACAGGACGCUGGUUCUUACUCAUGUCAAACAACCAGUCAUAAGAUGGUACCUGGAUGUAGACAGGUCCUCGUUGUAUCACAGAAGCCGACCACACCAAACAUCACAGGACCUCCCUCAGCUGUAUCAGGUGAGAAUGUCACCCUGACAUGCUCCUCCUCCUCCCAGAGUCUGCCCCCGGACCACCCCCCACUGAACAUGACCUACACCUGGAUGAGGAACAGGACCCUGCCGGAAUCUGGUGACGGGUCUCACACAGGCGGAGAUGUCCUGACAAUAACCCACAUCAGCAGAGAAAACCAGGGAUACAUCUACACCUGCCAGGCUGUGGAGGAGGGGCUGGAGUCUGACUGGAGUCACGGACAUGUACUGGAAGUUCAGUAUGGACCUGACCAGAUACAGUUUAACGGUGCAAGUGGCAGGCUAAAGGCAGUAGAAGGUGACCCUCUCACAGUGAGAUGUUCUGCUGACUGUCACCCCGCCUGCACUGUGACCUGGUGGGACACAUCCAGACAGGAGGUGAUCACGGGACAGAGGGAGGCUGUGUUGUAUAUACCAGCUGUAGACAGAUCUGUGUCUGGACAGUACACGUGUCACGUCAACAACAGAUAUGGGAAUACAUCACGGAACCUGACGCUGGACGUUUUCUCACGAGAGGUUACUGGAGUUGGCGUCGCUUCGACCGUCCCUGUCGCUGCUGUCUGUUCUGUCCUGAUCGUCGUCACCGCUGUGGUCGUCAUAUUUCUUGUUCGUAGAAAACAGACACGUGAAGAGAGGGGAUACAUUCAUAACCGCGUCGUCACAUAUACCCGGGACGAGGAAACAGACGGAAGCUACCAGGAAAUAGAAGAGGGAGGAUCCAUUCAAAAUCGCAUGGUCUCAUAUGUCCGGGACGAGGACAAAGAUGGGAGCUACCAGGAGAUAGAAGAAGAGGUGAACGUAGACGACAUCGCCCCUCUUGUAGCUGUCUACUCUGUCAUGCUCACGGCUGUGGCGGUUGUGGUGGCAGCAGUUGCUAUUCUUGUCUGCAAGGACGUAAAAGAUGGUCACAGCAGAAGAUUUGGUGAAUAUCUCACUGUGGUGGGCGAGAGACUAUCCUGUGACAUCAGUGAUGCACCUUGUGCUGCAAUCAACGACGAGGAUGCCUUAUCCUUGCAUGAUUAUGAGCGAUUACUGAGGGAACAGUUCCACAUCUACACAUGUCUCAACCCUUCAGCUUCCUCUACAGAGGACCACAGUACCAGGUGCAGCCUCAUGUGAGGGAACAGUUUCCCAUCUACACAUGCCUCCACCCUUCAGCUUCCUCCACAGAGGACAGACGUACCAGGUGCAGCCUAAUGUGAGGGAACAGUUUCCCAUCUAAACGCGUCCCAACCCUUCAUCUUCUUCUACACACGUCCACUGUACCGGGUGCAGCUUAAUGUAAGAGAACAGUUUCCGAUCUACAUGUGUCCCAAUCCUUCAGCUUCCUUUAUGGACGUCCACUGUACCAGGUACAGCCUAAUGUGAGGGAACAGUUCCACGUCUACACGUGUCUCAACCCUUCAGAUUCCUCUACAGACGUCCACUGUACCAGGUGCAGCCUAAUGUGAGGGAAGAUUUCAACAUUUACACGCCUCUCUCCAUCCUUCAGCUUCCUCUACAGACGUCCGCAGUACCAGGUGCAGCCUAAUGUGAGGGAACAGUUCCACAUCCACACGUCUGUCCAUUCUUCAGCUUCCUCUACAUACGUCCACAGUACCAGGUGCAGCCUAAUGUGAGGGAACACUUCCACAUCCACAGGUCUGUCCAUCCUUCAGCUUCCUCUACAGACGUCCACAGUCCCAGGUGUAGCCUAAUGUGAGGGAACAGUUCCACAUCUACAUGUGUGUGCACCCUUCAGCUUCCUCUACAGACGUCCACAGUACCAGGUGCAGCCUAAUGUGAGGGAACAGUUCCACAUCCACACGUCUGUCCAUCCUUCAACUUCCUCUACAGACGUCCACAGUACCAGGUGUAGCCUAAUGUGAGGGAACAGUUCCACAUCUACAUGUGUGUGCACCCUUCAGCUUCCUCUACAGACGUCCACAGUACCAGGUGCAGCCUAAUGUGAGGGAACAGUUCCACACCCACACGUCUGUCCAUCCUUCAGCUUCCUCUACAGACGUCCACAGUACCAGGUGUAGCCUAAUGUGAGGGAACAGUUCCACAUCUACACGUGUCUCAACCCUUCAGAUUCCUAUACAGACUUCCACUGUACCAGGUGCAGCCAAAUUGGAGGGAAGAUUUCAACAUUUACACGCCUCACUCCAUCCUUCAGCUUCCUCUACAGACGACCACAGUACCAGGUGCAGCCUAAUGUGAGGGAACAGUUCCACAUCCACACGUCUGUCCAUCCAUCAGCUUCCUCUACAGAAGACCACAGUACCAGGCACAGCCUCAUGUGAGGGAACAGGCAAAGGGAAACGUUUACCCCGAUGUGCGAUGCAAGGAAAGCUUCGAGGCCCUGACGUUUCAUAUGCAUGGUUUCGAUAUAUCAAGCGGAGGAUCACAUUGACAUUAACAUUUAUGCAAUAUUAUCGCUUUUAACAUUAUCAUAGAACACGUCAGACUACGUUCAUUUCAUAUGGAAAACCUCAUUAUGUGUGACGCACUGCCCGCAAAUCACACCAGAAGCUGAAAUCUGUCAGUGU